UGGUGACUGAGUUGUUAUACUGAAUAAGUGACUAUUCAUGUGUUAGUAUAUCGCCCUUUCAUAUAUCAUUAAGAUAAACUUCAAGAAAUUAUUAACUUAAUUUUCUUAUAUUCACUCUAUCAGUAUAAAGUAUGAGGAAUAUUGGACAGUGACAAGAACAGAGAUUAGAGAGCACUGUGGCAAUGAAUUCGUUCAUAAUGACAACACGGUUGGACAGGGAGGCAGUGGAGAACAUGUUCUUAAGGGAGAGGAUUUGGAUUCAGGAGAGACUCCAUAACCUUGAGGAGGUUUUAAUGAAUGAACUUGAUCGAAGGUUCUCUAGAUUUCACAAGGAAUGGAGCAAGGACAAGAAAAGGAGGACAAAAUCUGAGCAGAGGAGUAAAGAAACUCAGACCGAGAAAGUAAUAAUCGGAGAUGAUAGUUGGGAGACUGAGAGAGCUUCUGUGAUAAACAAAGUGGACAGUAAACACAGCAUGAGAAAAGAGAGCCUUGAAGAGAGGCAGAGAGAGACUGAGGCCGAGAGGAGGAAAGUAGACUUUGAACAGAGCAUGAGAGAAGAUGGCCUUAUGGAAAGAGUUAGGGACAAUGUUAAAAUAGAGUGUCCAAAGGAAUAUGAUUCCCAAAAGCAGGACAUAAAAGUUAAACAGGUGGAUGAAAAUGUUUUAAUGCAAGACCUAGAGCAUCUGGAUAAUAACAUGGAUGGCGGAAUGAAGCCAGAGAGUGUAGGAGAAACAAAGGGAAAAGAUAGACAGACAGACGUUAUGAAAGAACUCCCAGAGGUUAAUCAUUCCACAACGUUGGACCCCACCAGUAACGAGGCUGACCUUAAAGUUUUACCACAAGAUCUUGAGCACCCCAAAAAUGACAUGGAUGGGGGCAAGGAUUUGUCAAUUCAAGUGGUACCGCUUCUGCGAAAUGGGAAUGUCAGAAUAAUAAACAGGAAAGGACAUUUUAAAAAGGAAGACAAACCAAAGAACACAAUAGACCAACGUCAAAAGGAACAAAAUGCCAAAGUGUAUGUUAACAACACAAGCACACUAUUGAAGGAAAAGACUGACAUGGAUUUGUCUACCCUACCACUACCAGUACUGAGAUGUAGUGAUGUGGGUAUAAUGAACUGGAGAUCAGAUGUUAAAACCAAACACAAGUCAAAGACAACCUGGCAAUAUCUGAAGGAAACAAAAGCAUAUGACAAGUUAAAGAAAAAAGUAGACACACAAGAAAAAUACAAGACUGAUCACCCUGACAACAAAGAUGGCAAAGAGGAGAUGCAGAGGACAAAUGUAGCACUCCUUGGUGAUAUCAGUGAGGACUUUAUCAACUCAGGCUUUUUAAGCAAGCCGGAAACUGAGCACCAGCCUGACAGGCAGUGUAAGUCUGAAACAGUUCUUGACAAACUGAGGAAUACAAUUAACCAACACAAAUCCAGACGAAAGCAGAAAAGGAUAGAAAACCAUCUGAAACUCCUUAAUGCGCCAAUGGAAAAGCAGCAAGAAAUAGACGCUUUCACAACGUUAAAGAUAUUUCAAGAUCCUAAACUGAAGGUGACAAAACCAGCCAAAUGCAAAGAUUUUUCAAUAUUUCUGGCUGAAUCAACCGCGCUGUAGAGUCCCUGUUCAUGGAAGACGACUGAAAUCUGCCACGUAGUUCUGGAACUCAUGUUUUUUGUUGGUGAACAAGAUCAAAUAAACCUGGCUUGUUGUGAUUGA